AUGGAAAGAGAAGCCUUAUCAGGAGUAUGGGCAUGCGAGAAGUUUCAUUUUUACAUCCACGGCAGCCAGUUCGACUUAGUAGGAGAUCACAAACCGCUGGAAGUUCUCCUCAACGGUCGUGGGAACCCUUCACCGAGAAUUGAAUGUUGGCGUUUACGGCUCCAAAACUACAGCCCACGCAUUGUUUACCAACCUGGCAUCCAAAAUGCUGUCGACUUCCUUUCACGCAAACCCGUCCCUACCAAUACACCCAGAGAUCCUCUUGAGGACUACGUUAACUCCAUUAUAGUUGAUUCCCUUCCUUCUGCCAUCACUCUUCAGGAGCUUCUUGUCGCUUCCGAAUCUGACCCCACCUUGAAGAUAAUCAAGGAGUGCCUGGACACUGGGAGCUGGUCAGCUGCACCCGCGCCCUUCGCUGAUCUAAAGGAAGAACUUUGCCAGAAACGCGGUAUUCUUCUCCGAAACAAUCGUAUUGUGAUUCCAGAAGCGUUACUCCCACACUUUCGUCAAUUAGCACAUGAGGGGCACCAGGACAUCACUAAAGUUAAACAGCAUCUCAGACAACGAGUCUGGUGGCCUGGCAUUGAUACUCAAACAGAGAGAUAUGUGUGCGAAUGCCUUGGUUGCCAAAUCGUUGGCCCAGCUCCUCCUCCAGAGCCUCUCAGAAUGACAGAUCCACCAAAGCAAGUGUGGCACACAAUUCACAUUGUCUACUGUGGCCCAUUCCCAUCAGGAGAGUAUCUCUUUUUUGUAGUUGAUGAAACGUCAAAGUAUCCAGAAGUCCAUGUUACACACUCAGGUUCUGCGGCCACAGCGAUUACGCACCUUAAUCAAAUGUUCGAAACACAUGGUAUUCCUGAAGUCAUUACAUCUGACAACGUCCCCUUAGGCUCAGAAGAGUUCAAAGCAUGGUGCACACAGCUUGGUAUCAAGCAUCGCAAAAUUACGCCCCUUUGGCCAGCUGCUAAUGCCCAAGUAGAGCGAUUCAACAAAACCCUGGAGAAGACUAUUCGAAUUGCUACUGUAGAAAGAAAGAACUGGCGCUCGGAACUGUUUGUGUUCUUAAUGAAUUAUCGAACUACUCCUCAUUCCUCCACUGGGGUCUCACCCGCAUCCUUGAUGAUGAAUCGUCACAUCAGAACCAAGAUUCCCUGUCUAAAUCUCCCUNCCUAG